UUCAAGUACGAUUGUUGAUGAAGAUGAAUAUUAAAAUGAGGGAAGAGUACGAGUUUGUUAAGCUUUCUUACACCAUGGAUGGAUACGAUCUCAAGGACUCACCAUCAUCGAUUGUAAUGGAAGCAGUGGACAUGAACAUGAGAGAAGCGGUUACAGCCGUGGAAGGCCUUCUCUGUUACCGAUUCAGGGACAAGACUCUUCUUCAGGAGGCCUUGACCCACUCCUCUUACACAGAAUCCCCUUCCUACCAGCGCUUAGAGUUCGUCGGCGACGCCGCUCUCGGCCUUGCCCUUGCCGAGUACGUUUUCCGAGCUUAUCCUGGACUUGACCCUGGUCAACUCUCUCUCCUCCGCGCAGCCAACAUCAGCACCGAGAACCUCGCUCGCGUCGCCGUUCGUCAUGAGCUCUACCGCUAUGUCCGUCACAAUGCCCCUUCUCUUGAUGCCAAGGUUAGCGAGUUCGUCCUUGCGGUUCAAGAUGAAGACGGAGCCGUUACCUACUGUGGAUCGGUUAAAGCGCCUAAGAUUUUGGCUGACAUUGUUGAAUCUGUUGCUGCAGCUGUUUACGUUGACUGUAAUUAUGACCUCAAAGCUCUGUGGGAGGUUUUUAAGAGUCUUAUGGAACCAAUUGUAACCCUUGAAACCUUACACAAGCAACCACAACCGGUGACCAUGCUGUUUGAGUUCUGUCAGAAGCAGGGCAAGCAAGUUGACAUUAAGCAUUGGAGGAAAGAAUCCAAGAAUGUUGCUAGUGUUUAUGUGGACGGGAAGCUCAUUGGCUCUGGCUCUUCUGAGCAAAAGGAUAUUGCAAAACUUAAUGCAGCAAAGGAAGCUUUGCAGAAGCUGUGGAAAUCUGAACCUUCGGAGAUGGAGACUGAUGUUGCUGGUCAGGGAGCUGACGAGAUUGAGGGGGCUAAGCACAAGUUGAAUGAGUUCUGUGGCAAGAAGCGGUGGCGUCAGGCCAAGUAUAGAGUCGAAAGGGAGGUUGGUCCUGCUCAUGACAGAAAAUUUAUCUGUUCAGUCCAAGUAGAAACUGUUGAUGGUACAUAUUAUACAACUGGAGAUAUAAGGUCAAGGGUAAAGGAAGCCGAAAAUUCAGCAGCUUCCAUGAUGCUUCUUGGCUUGAAAGAUAGUGAACAUGGUGUUGGACUGGUAGUCUGAA